GGGGGAUUUGAGCAUGAAGGGCAGGGGUUGCAGAGGGGAUACAAAGGACGUGGGGUCACAAAAAAUGGGAUGUGACUGAUGGAGGACAUGAGGACAUAGGGAGAUAUAAGAUGAGGUGUGGGGGACACAAAUAAUGGACACAAAGGACAGGAAAGACACGGAGGGGACACAGGUCACAGGGACACCAAGGCUCCUGAUCGCUCGCCGGAGGAGAACCAGCUGCUACUUCUAUCCCCGCGCCUGGCCCAGCCUGCGGGGCGCAGACUGGUGGGAACGGGUGGUCCUGAAGGAAUUCGGCCCCCAGGACUGGUUGGAGAAGUUCCGCAUGUCCCGGGAGACUUUCUUUUACAUCUGCAACCACCUGCGGCCGGGGCUGGCCCCGCACAGCUCCCACUUCCACCCCACGCUGCCCCUGGAGAAGCGGGUGGCUGUGGCACUGUGGCACUUGGCCACCAAUGUGGAGUACCAGACUCUCAGCCCGCUCUUCGGCGUCGGGCCUUCCACCGUGCAGACGUGCGUGCGGGAGGUGAGCUACGCCGUGGUCCUGCUGCUGAAACCCCUCUACCUCCGUCUGCCCGACGAGAAGGAGCUGGAGAACAUGGUGCGCAUCUUCCGCACCCGCUGGGGCUUCCCACACUGCAUCGGAGCCCUGGACAGCCUGCACAUCCCCAUCAACCCCCCGCUGCGCCUGAGCGCCGAUUACUGCAACGGGCAGGGUUGGCACUCCAUCCUCACCCAGGCCACCGUGGAUGGGCUGGGCCAGUUCUGGGACGUCUCCACCGCUUUUCCCGGCAGCAUGGAGAACAGCGCAGUGCUGGAGAGCUCCAGCCUCUGGGUGCUGGCCAAGGAGGGCCGGCUGUGCCCCAACCGCCCAAGGACUUCAUGGGCAAGGCACAGAAGUACGUGCUGCUGGGUGACGCCACUUACCCCUUGCAGGACUGGAUUCUCAAGCCCUACCAGGAGGAUGAGAGCCUCACCCAGCGCCAGCUGCAGUUCAAUUAUCGCCUCAAGCGGGCGCACAGCGUGAUCGAGAACGCCUUCCUGCGCCUGAAGGCCCGCUGGCAGAUCCUCCUCAAGUGUGAUGACUGCAGCCUGGAGCUGCUGCCCACCCUCGUCCUGGCCUGCUGCAUUCUGCACAACGUCUGCGAGGCGCACGACAACCCAUUCAACGAGGAGUGGCUGGAGGGCACCGAGCCCACCGAGCUGCCCAAGCCUUGCCAGCCUGCACCCGCUGCCAUGGAGGAUGGCCGGGCUGAGCAAGUGCGUGAACUGAUGUGCCAGUACUUUGAGAACUGUGGGGAGGGCUGACGGCUGCAGGGGGAACACACUGUGCUCCUUCUUAGGCCCUGUGGGUCGGUGCCAGCCCUUCAGUUCAUGUUGAUUUUUGCCUCUCGGUUGCAGGCAGAGGGAUGUAUCUCACACUUGGGCUCUCUCUGCAGUGUAGUGAUGUGCUCUGUACUGUGUGAAUAAAGCAGGGUCAUGGUUGGCCGGGGA